AUGGAUAAGUCUUGGAUGCAUGUUGAUAGAAGAUCACACACAUAUGAACUAGGUGUUGAGGAAUUUCUAAAGUUUGCUUUUGAGAAUGCUAGCGAUGUAGAUAAUAUCUGCUGUCUCUGCGCUAAAUGUGGGGGCACAGAUGAGACAUUUUCAAUUAGGAUGAUAAAAGAUCAUUUAUAUUGGAAUGGAAUAGAUGAGAGUUACAAAGAUUGGGUAUGGCAUGGGGAACCUUCUAGGGCAAAGAUGAAUGCCAAUGAAGAGUCAUCUGAAGUUACUGUAGAUAUGGUAGAAGAAGAAGAUGGGUUUUCAGCAUACUCAAAUGACUUUAUGAAGUUAGUUGACGAUGAAGAUAAACCUUUAUACCCUGGUUGUAAGAAGCACACCAAAUUGAAUGCGCUUAUACAGACUUAUAACCUGAAAGCAAAGCAUGGAAUGUCUUAUGUGUGCUAUUCUGACAUGUUGAUCAUGAUUGGAAUGUUUCUUCCUGAAGGAGAGCAUGCUGAUGCGACUAGUUGUCCUACUUGUGGGGAGUCAAGGUGGAAAUUAGGCAACGGUAAUAUUGAGAAGCAAGGGGUACCCAGGAAAGUAUUGUGGUACUUUCCCCCAAUCCCACGGUUCAAGCGCAUGUUUCAAUCGACAAAAACUUUCAAAAACCUAACUUGGCAUGCGUCUGAAAGACGAAAAGAUGAGUUUAUGCGUCAUCCAUCAGAUGCCCCCACUUGGAAGUUAGUGGACCAAAAAUGGCCAGAAUUUGGUAAUGAUCCUAGGAACCUUAGACUUGCACUCUCAUUUGAUGGCUUCAAUCCCCACAACUCUUUGAGUAGCAGAUAUUCUUGUUGGCCAGUUAUACUUGUUACUUAUAACCUCCCCCCAUGGCUAUGCAUGAAAAGGAAGUUCAUGAUGCUAACCUUAUUGAUUUCCGGACCUAAACAACCCGGAAAUGAUAUUGAUGUAUAUUUGCAGCCCUUAAUUGACGAUUUAAAAGAGCUGUGGGAUGGGAUAGAUGGAGUGUAUGAUGCAUUUAAGGGAGAAUACUUUAAACUGAAAGUUGUUCUGUUUUGGAUAAUAAAUGAUUUUCCGGCUUAUGGGAACUUAUCAGGUAGUGUUACGAAGGGUUAUAAUGGUUGUCCUAUAUGUUGUGAGAAUACAAAACAUUAUCGAUUGUCUCAUGGACAGAAAAUGAGCCAUAUUGGUCACCAGAGAUGGUUACCACGCCAUCAUCCUUAUCGAAGGCAGACCAAACAGUUCAAUAACCUACCAGAGUUUGAACUUGCACCCGAACGUUUAAGUGGAGAAGAAGUCUUCAAAAGGGUUGAGGGCAUGAACUGGCCAUUUGGUAAAAAAUAUCCUCCUCCAAGUUAUAAGGGUGUAGAAGAUGAAACCAGACCAUGUUGGAAGAAGAAGUCCAUAUUCUUUGAACUUGAAUAUUGGAAAUUUCUUUCGGUUGGACAUAUUCUCGAUGUUAUGCAUAUUGAGAAAAAUGUUUGUGAUAGUAUUAUCGGUACAUUAUUCAACAUUCCCGGAAAAACAAAAGAUGGAGUUGUUGCUAGGAUGGAUAUGGUGGACAUGGGUAUACGGACUGGUUUAGGACCAAAACCUGGGCCAAAAAAGGACAAGUUGUCACUUGCUAGUUGGAAUCUAUUUCUAGAAGAGAAGAGAGCAAUGUGCAUGUCUUUCUUCAACAUGAAAGGUCCUUAUGGCAUUUUCUCAAAUAUACGAAAUCUUGUUUCCUUAGAUGACUUAAGGCUGGCUAUAUGCAGUAAAGUGAUAGAUGUAAGAGAGCUGAAGAAAAUGCAAGAAGAUCUAGUUUUGACAGUUUGUGAGCUGGAGAAGUGCUUCCCACCUUCCUUCUUUGAUAUCAUGAUCAAUCUCACAGUUCAUCUUGUUAGAGAAGUUGAGCUUUGUGGACCCGUAUUCUUUAGGUGGAUGUACCAUUUUGAAAGGUACAUGAAAACCCUGAAAAGUUAUGUUAGAAGUCGACACCAUCCAGAAGGUUGCAUUGCCGAGUCAUAUAUUGCUGAAGAAGCAAUGAAAUUUAUCUCAGAACGUGUACUUUGUGGUGAAGAUACAGUUGGCAUCCCAUCAGUAGGUAUAUUUGACGAAAGCUGCACCAAACCCUUAUCCGGUGCAAGUAUUGUAUCUGUUUAUGGAAGGGAGUUGAAGCUAGCACAUCUCAAUGUUGUUGAAGCAUUGGGGGAUUCUAAUAAUGACAUCUCUGAUUCAUUGAGGUGGAUUGCAGAUAGAGUAAACUCAGAUGUACCAACAUUUUCUAGUUACAUGGUUAAUGGGGUUCGUUUCAAUACUAAGGAACGUGACGAUGUUACGAAAGUGCAGAACAACGCUAUAUGGGAGAUGGAUUAUAAUAAGUUCAGAAUUCCUGUCUUCAAGUGCGAUUGGGUUGAAAAUGCCAAGGGCAUUAAAGUCGAUGAGUUUGGGUUUACAUUGAUAAUGACACCUUCGACACGAAGACCUUCUUCUCAAGCACUAGCAAUGGCCGAAAGAAUGAGGGAAAUCCAGCUAAGGACAAGGUCUACUACCAAGCGAUCCAAUGGAGCAACAUCAAUUGGAACCAAGGGUUCAGUACAUGCUGCAUCAAAGUUGUCAUCGAAAUGA